CACAAUUUUUAAGUUUUCAGCGUCAAUAUGGCAGCCUCCUCGGAGUUAAACUCUAGAACAGACUCUGACGACGAUGAUGGCGAUAGUUCUACAUCUUCAUCUAGAUCUAGUUCAUCAGGCGGAAUCGAAACACAAAUUUCUUCAUGGACAUAUAUUUGUAAAUCUUUCUCUGACAUGCUAAGGUCCGGGGAUAAAAUAAAUCUCGAUUACGUUUUCAAAUCUGCAGAGCAAGCUGUACUCAACGAAGAGCCCGUUCACGCCUUAAAAUUAUUUGCAAUGGGAUUCAAACAGAUUUGUAAUGAAAAUUGCGACAGUCAUUUCACUUUUAGAUCUAGAUCUACAACGGAUGAAAUGCGUCAAAAUGAAAAACCAUAUGAGGCAUAUGUUUCUGAUUUCAAUUUAAAUCUUGAUGAUCUAAUUGAAAUGAUGUGUGUUGCCAUCAACCAAUGUGCAAUUUUGAUAACAAAUGAAAACAAAACCAAAAAUAUUAAUGGGAUGAAGUUAAAUGUAAAACAAUGUCUAGAGUUGAUAAUAAACAGUUGUGAGUUGCUAUCUUUACUCAAAACAAGACUUAUCUGCAGUGCAGCAUCCCUGUAUUUUAGUUUAAAAGACUACCAGAAAGGUUUUCAGUUGGCCACUAAAGCUGUUCAGGCAGAUUCAUCCUCCACAUUAGCUCAAGAAACUUAUGAAAAUAUGUGCUGUCAUUUAGUAGAAAGGUGGCACUUUGCAAUGUUAAAUGAUGUAUCAAGAAAUCAGGCUUACCAAAGAGCAUUGUGUGAAGCCAUUGGAAAAGUCACAUUCAAUCCAGUUGUUUGUGAUGUUGGAUCUGGAACAGGUUUGCUCAGCCUCAUUGCUUGUGAGCAAGGCAAAUGUAGUCAGGUAUAUGCCAUUGAAAAGUCAUCCAUUAUGUGCAUGGUGGCUCAAGAUAUUCUAAAGACAAAUCUCAGCCCUGAGCUCAUUCAAAGAGUGCAAAUAGUUAACAAAAUGUCAACCACAAUGUCAGUUCCUGAUGACAUGAAACAAAGUGCAGAUAUUCUAGUCACUGAGACUUUUGAUGCUGGGCUGUUUGGGGAAGGAAUUCUGCCUACAUUAUGUCAUGCCUGGUCCAAGUUGUUACAAAAUACUGGUUCAACAAAGGCUUUAGUGAUACCUAGCAAAGCUGAGCUGUUUAUUCAAGCUGUAGAAUGUGAUUAUAUUCGCAUGGAAAAUAGGUUUAGUGGUGGAGUUGGUGAUAUUGAGUUUCAGAACAUCUUUCUGUGUAGUACCACAGGAAUGUGUGACCCUGAUCCAUAUACAACUCAAGAUCUCAAGCUGCUUCCAGGAGGAUUCAGAGUCUUGUCACAACCAGUGAAAUUUAUGGAAGUCGACUUUAAUAACCCCAAGGAGCUCAUGAAGCUGAACAAAGGCUUAACCCAGGAAAUAUCUCUCACCAUAACAAAGGAAGGCAGACUUGAUGCGUUGGCAAUGUGGUUCACUCUACAUCUGAAUGACUCUGUCCAGAUUAGCACACAUACACAGUCCAACAGUUGUUGGGAGCAGGCCAUAUUUCCUGUACAUGCAGUGAAAAUUCAGAAGCAGCCAGAGUCAAGAGGUAAAAAAGUGUCUUUAAAUCUGAAAAUAGAUGACAUAGUGCAUGUUAUACAGUGUGUUAAAGGUGGAAAGCUAUGUAUGGAUGUAACUAGCUUGUCAAAGCAUGGGGAAAAAAUGAUCCAGUGCUACAAUAUCACACAGCCAGUCCCAAAGUUUCUGUCCAGUGUUUCGGAUUGGUUUAAACAUCAAGUUUUCUGUUUGAGCUCAGGGGAGAUAAUAAGCCUGAACAACAAAGAUUUCUAUGCUGCUAUCAUUCAUCAAAUCAAGUCUAGCAACAAGGGGGAAGAUGUAGACUUUGUCCACUUAAAUAUAGGAUUCUCUCCCCUUUGUCUAGUGGCCUUGCAGUCUGGUUACCGACACAGCUUAGCUAUUGCACACAGUCUGUGCCAUCAAGUUUUGCUCAGAGCGUUAUGCAGAUGUAAUAACAUCGAUAUGAGAAGACUGUCACUUGUAGAUGACAUCGAUGGAUUUAUUAAUCUCUUAGAAUUGAGUGACCCAGGAGAUGCAACUCAGCCUUCAGAGACAGAAAAUUGGAAAGACUGUCAGGUGUCGGAGAGGAAAAAAGUGCAUGUCCUGUGCGAUGUUGUGGAUGUACAAGGCAGAAUAGUUGAGAACCUGUGGGACCAACUGAAUGUACUCAAAUAUUGUUUAUCAGAUUAUACCAUACAGCAAGUCAUCCCAUACCAAGUGGAUAUCUAUGGCGUAUUAAUUGAAUCACAAGAUUUGAUCUGUUUAAGUCGCAUCUUGUCAGAUGAAAACACAUUGGGCUAUAAUAUAGGAAGUUUCUUUAAUAAGUUCUCAACUAGGAAUUACCAAGGCAUUCUGCUGAGUACAUUGUCACAUUCAAAAUUGACAGAGCCUUUCAAGAUAUUCUCUGUAAGCUUGAAUAAAAUAUUCCAUGUACAGAAUGAUACUCUUCAGUCCAAAUCAUGCCCAGUGUUCAGUUCGACUAGUCAGCAAACGACAGCCUCUGUAAAUGUCAAUAUUGCUGUUAGUAACUCUGGUGAUGCCAAUUUAAGUCAAGUUAACAACAAUGUCAGCUGCAACAUCGUCAAUGUAAAGAGUUCACAAUGUAAAGAGAGAGCUGAACCCAGUUCUGUUCUACAGAAUUUAGAAUCUCAAAGUGCCACUGGAUCAAAUAAUUAUCUUUGUUCUCACAAUCACAUCAUUGAAACCAGUCUGCCUAGCAACACCAGUCAGUGCCCACAGUGUUCAGUGCUUACCUCAUGUACACCUGACCAAGUAUCACCAUGUCAAUCCAAGAGUUUAGAAAAGGACCAAACUACAAUGGCAGCAGAGAACACAUUCAUCCCAGGACCAAAUAACAACAAAAAUGAUGCCUUCAGAUUCUCUCACUUCAAUCAUUCUGUUGAUGGUGCUACUAUAGAAGUUGACUCUUUAAAAAUGUCCAAUGAAAUAGAUACCACUCUAAACAAACUUUCAUCAUCAAUUCCAUUGCCAGCACCCAUUGUUUCACAAAAUAAUGUUUGUCACUCAGAAUCAUCCCCAAAUCACAAGCCCAAUUAUGAUGUCGAUGAAACUUUAUUGUUGAAGGAUGAUCAAGACAAAGGGGAAGAUGAAACUAAUGAAAUGAAUCAAAUACAGAGAUUACAGAUACCUGUUAUAGAGUCUGGCAAUAUCACUGCAUUGAUCUAUUGGUUUGACCUGCACAUGUCACCUACUGUCAGCAUCAGUACACUCAGCUACCCUCAACACUGGCAACAAGCUGCGGUCAUGGUCCCUCACUCACCAUCAGUAGUAAAAGGGGAAUUCCUGGACAUUCAAUUUAAGUUAGGCAACUCAGCCCUUAGCCUUUCUUUUUGUACCAAGUAGCUGCUUUAAACAUGAAUAUUAUUUACCCCCUAGUAAACACUUUCAAGAAAUGUUCAUUCCUGCUCAGUAAGAAAAAAAAAAUCAAAUGUUAUGUCAGAACUGUAAAAUUAUUUUUUGGAAACAAAUGUUCCUAUGUUUGGUUCACAUCUUUUACAAGUACCUGGCAUAUCUUGGUACAAGUAAAUCAGUGGUGGCUAUAUGCUAGGAGAACCUUGAACUUCAUAGCCUUAUAAGCUCUUGAAACAGUUCAAGGCUAACAAUUUUUUUGUUUUUCAAAAUGAUGUUGCUCACAAACAAAAUAUAUGCAGCACAAUUUAAAUGUGUAACAUGGCAAACACAGACACCAAACACUGUUUUACAGACACAAGCCAAAGAUAUGAAGCAGUGUUUUAUAAACACAUAUAUAUGAAACAUUACACACAAAUGUUGAGGAACAAUCUGCAUUUAAGGGAUUCACACAAUGUUAAAAUUGACUUCAAACAUAUCAGGCAAACGUAUGAUCUUUGUUUGCACUUUUUAAAAUUGUAUUUAAAAUACUACUAUUAUUUAAAAGCAACUUUUAGUCUCAGUCGAUCAAUUACAUGUCAUUUCUGUUGACAUAUAUCUUUCUUUUUUUUUUAUCACAAAAUUUUUUGAUCAAUUGAGAUAAUUGUAUACUGUAUACAUGUUGUAUUUUUUUUUUACUCUAAUUAUUUUUGUUUUACAUUUAAAUUACAUUAAAUUAAAAAAAGAAAAAGAAAAUUAAAACAUAGAAAAAGUUUUAUAUAUACAAAACAAUAACAACAUUGAAAUGAUGUACAUGGUAUUCUAUAGAAUUUAUGUAUAAAAUGGAUAAAUUCAAGGACCUGCUUAAUUGUUGUUGCUAUUUUCAAAUUAUUUAUCAAAUACAACUUUGUAGCUAAACGAUUAAAUCAGUAUAACAAAACAUUACGGUAGCAAGGACUUGCAGUAUUUCCAAUCCUAUUACACACUAAAGAAAACAAAUAUCUAUGGUUAAAAAUCUUCAACUACAAUAGAGAAGAGGUGGGGUGGAUGAGGGGUAGUGCUUUGUUUCAGUUCUGAGAGGUCAAAGAUUCAAAUCCUGUGAAGACUGGGAUUUUAAACGUCAAUUUUAGCACACCCCUUGGAGUCCACCCAAUUAAUUCUAUUGGGUGCCUGACAUAUGUUUGGAAAGUAAGGGUGGUUGAUUAUUGUUCUGGCCACAUGACACCCUCCUUAACAGUUGACCAUAGAAAUAGAGCUUUACAUCUGGCCCAUAGGUUGAAAGGUCUGAAACAUUACAAUAGAAUACUUUUGCCUGCCAUAUAUUAUAGAAAGUAUUGUCUGGCUUUUGUCUUUCAUACUGAUUUAACAAGGAGCCAGUGUGAGAGUGAAAAUGUCUUUUACAAUGUAAGCAACUAACUUUUGUAUAUUAAUUCUUUUUCUAAACUUGUAGACCUAGCUCAUAGAUGGUGACUGUCUUUUUUUUUUGUUGUUGUUUUUUUGUUUGUUUAUUCAAUGACAUCCGUAACAGUUCUAGAUUACAGGCUAUUUGAAACUCUCAUCACUUUUAUUUUCUGUAUGCAAACAAGCAAAACUAUUUAUAAUUUCCCUAUGACUGUGACACAGUUUUACAUGGCUCCUUCUGUCUCAGAAGACAAUGAGUCACUGGCUUUGGUUACGUCUUGAGAUGGGGCAGAAUCUGGAGUGACUGAUCAAGCCAAUUCUGGAGCGGCAGAGUUGGCCACAGUUCUUACAUGUAUCUGCAUCUAUCCUAGGGCUAGCUUACAGGGCAGAUUUCUUUUUCUUUCUCUUGGCUGACGCAGAUUCGUUUCUUUAGCAUUCUGAGAAGUUCGUACCAGCAUGUACAGUCUGUCUCCAUGCUGUCUGGUCUUGGACUAUCUUCUCCAACAUACUUUGGUCAAUGCUUGUGGCUCUCAAGGCUCGCUUGCAGACAUCUCUGUAGGUUAGUCUUGGGAUUCUUCCAUCUGGCAUGUUUACACUAAAGCAAUUAAUACUAGAAACAAAAACAUUUUAUCCAUGCUCAAGAAUAAUGACAAAAAUUGAUUGAAUGCCAAAUAGUAAAACUUAACAGAGACACUAGUUAGCAUAAUUCUAUAAGAAUGAUGCUUCCAACAUUCCUGACCUAUAUAAGUUUUAACUGUUUUGAACGUUUCAACAAGAUUGGGGUAAACAAAAAUGACAUUGUAAAUUAUUCAACUUAGUCACAUUUAUAUGUAAUUAGAGGAAUUGUUAUGGCUAGAGUCAGGUGACUAGCAUUGUAUUGAUGUUAAUAGCUACAAAUAAGGCUGAACACAAAAUGCUCAUUAUUUUUAAAAUGUUAUUUAACUUACUGGUAAAGGUACUAGUUUUGUUUUGGUAGUAUAUAAAUAUUUCUGUAUAUGUUACACUAAUGUACCAAUGUAUCUACCAAUCUACAAAUCUUGGAACAACUUACCAAUCUAUUGAUUAUUUGUCUUUCAACAAUAGUUCAAAUACUUGCUUUUUUAAUGUUCAUUUAUGUUUGUGUAUUUGACUGUAUCAUUUUUCUUCGCCUAACUUAACACUAUUUAAAUUUUCUUAUUGUUUUAUGUUGUUUAAAAAAAAAAAAACUGAUAUGGUUCUUCAAUAAAUGCCUUAAUAAUAAAGU